AUGAAGAACAAUCAAUUCCACUUUUGGAUUUUCGAAUUGCGAGAAAUUUUUAGAGAGAGCAAGAAUUGUGCCUAUUUCUUAGAUUCCUGGACGCAAUUCAAUUCAGCGAUAUCUGUCAUUCACAUUUUUUUGCAUCAAGAGAGUUUGAUAAAAGUCUUAGACUCCAGAAUUUGGAGUAUCCUAGUUUCACGUCAGUCACAGGGUUUAACAAGAAAUCGAUAUUUCACGAUCAAGAAUGUAGUACUUUUUGUAGUAGCAAUCCUUCUAUAUCGUAUUAACAAUCGAAGGAUGAUCGGAAAAAAAAAUAUUUAUUUGACAGGGCUUCUUCCUAUACAAAUAAAUUCCAUUGGAUCCGGCAAUGAUAGAUUGGAAGACUCAAAAGAUUCGUUCAAUAUCAAUAGGUUGAUUGUUCCGCUCCUGUCUGGUCCAAAAGAAAAAAAGAUCUCUGAUCGCUCUUUUUUCUCGGACAGAUGGUCCCAACUUCAUCUGGAUUUGAAUCCUACUGAGAAGUCCGCUCAAGAUCUUCAAUUAUUAAAGAAAGAAGAAGAUGUUUCUUUUGUUCUUUGGAGGAAAUUGGAAAAUAAAGAACUAGCCAAUAUAGUCAAGAUAAUCAUGUAUUUACAAAAUAAUGUCUCAAUUCAUCCUAUUUCAUCCGAUGGAGGAUGUGAUAGGAUUGCAAAGGAGAAACUUUUGACAGUUCAAAAUAAUAAUUCAUUCUUGACCAAAAAUCUAGUUUUUGGUUUAUUUCAUCUAUUCCAUGACCAGAAUAGGGGGGGGUACUUGUUACAUCGCAAUUUUCAAUCAGAAGAGAGAUUUCAAGAAAUGGCAAAUCUAUUUAAUCUAUCACUAACUAAGCCGGAUCUGGUCUAUCGUAAUGGAUUCUCUUUUUCUAUUGGGUUUUCUGAACCGGAAUCAAAAAAAAAAUCUUUAUUGGUUCUGCCGCGGCUUUUUGACGAAGCGAAUGAAUCUUUUUAUCCAAAGAUCAUAAAAAAAUGGGUCCAGACCUCUUGUGGGAAUUAUUUUCAAGGUAAUCGAUUCAAUCGCAACUUCGAAUAUGUACUUCAAAGGUAUCAAAAUGAUAUUCUGAAUCAUAGACCUAUAAGGAAACACACGAUCAAUCAACGUUUCUCAAAUUUGAAAAAGAGUCAGAAGAAAUGCUUUGAUCGUCUUAUUUUUAUUUAUCGAACCGAGAGAUCCGUGAAUAAGGAUCCAAAUGCAUAUAAAUACAAAUGGUCCAAGGGGAGCACAAAUUUCCAGGAACAUUUGGACCAUUUCAUUUCUGAGCAGAAUAGUCGUUUUAAAGUAGUGUUCGAUCGAUUACAUAUGAAUGCAUAUUCGAUUGAUUGGGCUGAGGUUAUCGACAAAAAAGAUUUUUCUAAGUCACUUUGUUUCUUUUUGUCCAAGCUUCUUCCCUUUUUGUCUAACUCACUUCCUUUUUUCUUUGUGAGUUUCGGGAGUAUGCCCGUUCAUAGGUCCCAGAGCCAUAUGUAUGAAUUGAAACGUAUGAAUGAUGCACUCGAGAAUCAGUUGUUAGAAUCAAUAGGUCUGCAAACGGUUCAUUUGAAAAAAAGGAAAUCCCCAUUAUUGGAUGACUAUUAUACUUCUCAAAAAUAA